AUGGAUUAAAAAACUAAAGUCGAAGUAUUUUAAUAAAUUUAUUAAGUAGGCUGAUCAAUGUGAUCAAUACAAUAAAUAUUUUCAACUGAGUAAGCCUUUAUGGUUGAGUUAAAUUAUUAAAAUUCGAUUAAACUAACCUCGCUAAGACGAACGUAGAUAUCAUUCAGAAAAACUUAUACAAGUACUAUAUUUAAUUAAAAGUUAUUUAGUAAGCUAAAUUAUUCAACAUAAAAAAAUGGUAAGAGAUGGGGGAUAAAGAAGUAUGAUAUUAAAUGUCAUAUACAGGACAUUUGAUCAAAGCGAUUCAAUUAUAAGAGGGGAAUGCAACUUUAAAUAAUGUAACAGAACCUUAUCUUCCAUUUUUGAGAAAGUAGAAUGGAAAGAAUUUUACAGGAUUGGCAACUAGAACUGUGAAAGGUUGUUUGUCUGCUGUUGUUUUUAAAAGAAAUGAUGAAUCAACUUGGUCAGUAGAUGAAACAAAAGUAGAAGAAUUCAUUAGAUAGGCAAAUAGAAAAUUAUAUUAAUUCUUAGAGAAACUAAAGAAAAAUUUUCUUAUUUAUGAUUAUAUCAAAAUGGAAAGUUAUGAUAAAAAAAUAAAAAAAAGAAAUAAAAUGGAAUAGAAAAGAAAUGAGGAUUAAUUUAUUGAAAAAUUUUUACCUUACUUAAAUUAAAAAUUAGAUUCUCAAUAUAAUAUUAAAAUUGAGAAUCAUUAUUAGAAUUUUGAUUAAAAUGGGAAUUCUAAAUUAAAUUUUAACUGGCAUUAUUCUAUAAGUGACAAUAUAUUUAGAAAUUUAUAUUUUUUGAGAUAAGGAGAGAAAAUAGAUGAUUAAUUUUUAGGUAAUUUGAUAGGUUUCUACAAUAUAAAAGAUUAAUUAGAAAGAAUGAAAGAAUGCUAAAGAUUUAUUGAUUGA